AAUGCCUCCCAGUAUUCCUCAACCUACUCCUACCCACCCGGCGUGACGCUGGGCCCGUCAGGUGCGUCAUCUUGCUGAUUUCCGGUUUCUGCUCCUCUUCCUCGUUGUGUCUCACACUUAAGUCGUCAUCUCGUUGCCGUUUCACCUUCGGCGGGGCCUUUCCCCUGGGCCAGAAUGUUGCUGUCUUGUCAAGAAUGUGGUCUUAUUUCAGACCGUGCUUCCCCCGGUCGCCCGUUCGUUUCUCUGAUGCUAACUUUAUUUCUGCCUCUUCGCAGCCCCCGUCGUCCAACACGCGCAUGCGCCUUCCUUGGGCUCCAACAAUCCCUUUAGAAACCGAGCGCUGUCUCCUUCUGCCAGUUCUUUCUCUUCCGCUGGCCGACCUGAGCGACCGACCUCGACCAACCCAUUUGACGACCUCGAUUCGCCACAUUCUGCCCCUAUCGGAGGAACCAUGGUAUCUCCGGUCGGAAGUCAGGAUAUGACUUCGAACACACGCGACCUCUUUGAAAACCUUUCUCUUAACCCUGCCGCGCAACCUGCCGCGCAACCUGCCGGCUAUAGGCCCACCCCACCUCGUCCGGAGAAGCCUGCACCAACUGGAUACUCCAGCGAGCGAAGGGAUCGCCCCGAGCGCCGCACACGCGACCCAUUAGAUAUUUUCGCUGAUCCUCCGCGAAACGGCAGCGGUCCCCGGCCCAGUGGCCGAGACCGACCACGUCCCCGUCGCAACUCCGAGUCAUCGAUCAUGGAGCGCCCGAAACACGUGGACACUGAGGAAGAAAGAAAGCGCCGGGAACGAAGACGGAGAGAGCGGGAGGCUCGUGGAAAGGAGGGCAAGGAUGGCAAGCCUCGCUCGUCGUCCUCGAAGAAGAACAACUACCAACUUGACAUCAUCGAUAAAUUGGAUGUGACUAGCAUCUACGGAACAGGAAUGUUCCAUCACGAUGGACCGUUCGAUGCUUGCAACCCGAAUCGCAACCGCAAGGGCGUGCGCACGGCACCUAUGCAGGCCUUCCCGAAGGACUCCGCCAACAUGGCCUUGGGAGGCUCCGGACCGAACAACUUGGAUAUUGAUCACAAUCUGUUCCACGGAAGGACUGAGGAAGGCUUCAAUGAUUUCGCGGCCAGCGCGAGAAGCGAACCUCGCAGGGCUGACAACCCCCCCAACUUUGACCCUACUGCUCGCAUUGAACCUGUUCACGGAUCGGAGAGUAUGGGACUGGGAACCAGUACGUUCUUGGAGGGUGCUCCUGUCAGCCAAGCGGAGCUUCAGCGCCGGGGAACUACCUCGGAAGGCUCGGGCGGCGGUAUGAACGGAGGUGGUCUUCAGCGCAAGAAGAGUUUGGCACAAAGACUACGGGGCAUUAACCGUGCUCCUAGUGGCCGCUCUCCGGAAGCCACUUACAGCCCGCCUGUCCCUGCCGGACACAUCGGUACCAUCAAGGCCAACGAGAAAAACCCUUUCUUCCAAGAUUACGACGAUGCGUGGGACAAGAAGGGCGCUCAGAUUACUUCCUCUGAGGAGGCGCGGGACCCUGUGGGUGGACGGGCGCGUUCUUCGAGCAGCCCCAAGCAGAACACGGGAUUGGAGCGGAGAUUUACAAACGAACGGUCUUACGGUGGUUAUGACGAGAACAAGAAUGCCGGUGGUGGCGGUGGUGGCUUCAUCAAUCGCAUGAAGAGUCUGCGGAAGCCCCGGCCCGAGCGGCGCGUCACCAACGACUGAGCAAGGAGGUGAUCUUUUCAUGUAACCCGGUUUCAUCGUGCACUCUGUGUGGCCGGAGUAAUCAUUUAUCGGUGGACACCGCGCUGGCAGCACAUCCAUCCCCAUAUCCCCCUCAGGGCGCAGAGAUUGCUUUCAACAGGAAAUGGCAGCAUGAGAGCGUUGAUGAAAUGGAAC